UGAAAUUAAGCAGGAAGUUGCUCGAAUCCAGGAGAGAAAACCCUUCGUGCGGGACAUUUUCGUCUUCCAUGACAGAGGAUUUUCCUUCAGGCUGAGCCAUGGAUCCUCACAAAAGCGUUCAGGAGCAGAGACCAGGAUCUCCAGCAGCCAUCUGUAUGUCAAUGAGGAAUGACCGGUCCAUGUCUGAACCCAUUAGGUCCAGUGGUGGAACUACCAUGGCACAGGACCAGAGACCAUGGUCUCCAGCACCCAGCUGUAUGUCGAUGAAGAGUGACCGGUCCAUGCCUGAACCCAUUAGGUUCAGUGGUGGAACUGCAAUGGCACAGGACCAGAGACCAUGGUCUCCAGCACCCAGCUGUAUGUCGAUGAAGAGUGACCGGUCCAUGCCUGAACCCAUUAGGUUCAGUGGUGGAACUGCCAUGGCACAGGACCAGAGACCAUGGUCUCCAGCAGUCAUCUAUAUGUCAAUGAGGAAUGACCAGUCCAUGUCUGAACCCAUUAGGUUCAGUGGUGGAACUGCCAUGGCACAGGACCAGAGACCAUGGUCUCCAGCAGUCAUCUAUAUGUCAAUGAGGAAUGACCAGUCCAUGUCUGAACCCAUUAGGUUCAGUGGUGGAACUGCCAUGGCACAGGACCAGAGACCAGGAUCUCCAGCAGCCAUCUGUAUGUCAAUGAGGAAUGACCGGUCCAUGCCUGAACCCAUUAGGUUCAGUGGUGGAACUGCCAUGGCACAGGACCAGAGACCAUGGUCUCCAGCACCCAGCUGUAUGUCGAUGAAGAGUGACCGGUCCAUGCCUGAACCCAUUAGGUUCAGUGGUGGAACUGCCAUGGCACAGGACCAGAGACCAUGGUCUCCAGGACCCAGCUGUAUGUCGAUGAAGAGUGACCGGUCCAUGCCUGAACCCAUUAGGUUCAGUGGUGGAACUGCCAUGGCACAGGACCAGAGACCAUGGUCUCCAGCACCCAGCUGUAUGUCGAUGAAGAGUGACCGGUCCAUGCCUGAACCCAUUAGGUUCAGUGGUGGAACUGCCAUGGCACAGGACCAGAGACCAUGGUCUCCAGGACCCAGCUGUAUGUCGAUGAAGAGUGACCGGUCCAUGCCUGAACCCAUUAGGUUCAGUGGUGGAACUGCCAUGGCACAGGACCAGAGACCAGGGUCUCCAGCACCCAGCUGCAUGUUGAUGAAGAGUGACCGGUCCAUGCCUGAACCCAUUAGGUUCAGUGGUGGAACUGCCAUGGCACAGGACCAGAGACUAUGGUCUCCAGGACCCAGCUGUAUGUCGAUGAAGAGUGACCGGUCCAUGCCUGAACCCAUUAGGUUCAGUGGUGGAACUGCCAUGGCACAGGACCAGAGACCAUGGUCUCCAGCACCCAGCUGUAUGUCGAUGAAGAGUGACCGGUCCAUGCCUGAACCCAUUAGGUUCAGUGGUGGAACUGCCAUGGCACAGGACCAGAGACCAUGGUCUCCAGCAGUCAUCUAUAUGUCAAUGAGGAAUGACCAGUCCAUGUCUGAACCCAUUAGGUUCAGUGGUGGAACUGCCAUGGCACAGGACCAGAGACCAGGAUCUCUAGCAGCCAUCUGUAUGUCAAUGAGGAAUGACUGGUCCAUGCCUGAACCCAUUAGGCUCAAAAAUGGAGCUGAACAAGAUGCUUCAGUCAUUUACAGUAGUGGACACACUAAUGCAAGGGGGAAGAGAAAAGCGCCCCCAGUGGCCAGCCGUGUGUCUGUGAAGAGACUCUGUGUGAGGGGAAGAUCCAAUGAGUUUACUGGUGUGACGUUCCCUAUUGGUCAAGGCUGUUUAUACACUGGAUACACCAGUACAAGUGAGAAACAACAGGAAAUGGAGCCUAGUGAUGACAAGGAGGAGAUGCUGGACCAGCAGUCCUACAUUGUAGUACUGCAGAGACACCAACUGAUGGAGCCCAGUGAAAAUCUGGACCCAGAGUCUUUCCAGAGGUCAAAGUCAAAUGCCUCAUUGUUGAGAGAAAUACACAGAGACUAUGAUGUGAGGAGAGUCCAGAUGAAACACAAGACCAAACUAGAAUCUACAUUUAAACACAUUUUUGAAGGGAUUGCAAAGCAGGGAAACCCAACCCUCCUGAACAGAAUCUACACUGAGCUAUACAUCACAGAGGGAGAGAGAGAAGGAGUCAAUGAUGAACAUGAGGUGUGGCAGAUCGAGAGUGCUUACAGGACACACAGUUCACUAGACACUCCUAUCAACUGCAACGACAUUUUCAAGUGCCUACCUGGUCAAGAGAGAACCAUCAGAACUGUGCUGACCAAGGGCAUUGCUGGCAUUGGAAAAACAGUUUCUGUGCAGAAGUUCAUCCUUGACUGGGCUGAAGGAAAAGCCAAUCAGGACAUUGAUUUCAUUUUUGUUCUUCCUUUUCGGGAACUCAAUUUAAUUAAAGAUGAGCAGUACAGUCUUCUUGAACUUCUUCAUGAGUUCUAUCCAGAAAUAGAAAAUAUCAAAGACAUCAGAUUUAAUAAAUAUAAAGUUAUGCUGAUCUUUGAUGGUCUGGAUGAAAGCAGACUUCCGUUGAAUUUUCAUCACAUGAGGUUGUCUGAUGUUAAGGAGGCCACAUCAGUCGAUGUGUUGUUGACCAACCUCAUUAAGAGGAUUCUUCUUCCUUCUGCUCUCCUGUGGAUAACAACCAGGCCAGCAGCAGCCAGUCAGAUCCCUCCUGAGUAUGUUGACCAGGUGACAGAGAUUCGGGGGUUUAAUGACCCACAAAAAGAGGAGUAUUUUCAUAAAAGAUUCAGUGAUGAGGAUCUGGCCAACAGAAUUAUAUCUCACAUACAGUCAUCAAGGAGCCUCUACAUCAUGUGUCACAUACCAGUUUUCUGUUGGAUUUCAGCAACUGUUCUUGAGAAAAUGCUAGGUAAUGAUGGUGGUGAAGAAAUACCUACAACUCUGACACAAAUGUAUACACACUUCCUGCUCAUUCAGACCAACAUAAAGAACAAGAAGUAUCAUGGAACCAAUGAGACCGACUCCAGAAACGUGUCACAGUCAGACAGAGAUCUUAUACUUAAGUUGGCAGAGUUAGCUUUCCACCAGCUGGAAAAGGGAAAUAUCAUAUUUUAUGAAACGGACUUGAAAGACUGUGACAUUGAUGUCAGUGAAGUAUCAGUGUAUUCUGGGGUGUGCACCCAAAUCUUCAAGGAGGAAUCAGUGAUGUAUAAGAAGAAGGUGUACUGCUUUGUGCAUUUGAGCAUUCAGGAGUUUCUUGCUGCUCUGUAUGUCAUCCACUGUCAUGCCAGCAAUAAAAUGGAUUCCCUCAAACUUUUUUCUGAAAAAAAGUCAAGAGUCUCACAUCUCGAAAUGCUUUUGAAUGAGUUGCACAAACUCGCAGUUAACAAGGCCUUGGAGAGUAAGAAUGGACAUCUGGACCUCUUCCUUCGCUUCCUUCUUGGCCUCUCAAUGGACUCCAACAAGAGUCUCUUACAAGGGUUGUUUACACAGACUGAGAGCAGCUCAGAGAGCAUCAAGAAAACAGUUAAAUACAUUAAAGUACUGAGGACGAAGUAUCCUUCACCUGAGAGGUAUAUGAAUCUUUUCCUCUGUUUGGUUGAAUUGAAUGACUUUUCCCUUCUGAAGAAAGUCCAGAAGUACCGGGACAGUUCUUCAGGGGAGAAACUCACUCCUGCAGAGUGUUCCUGUCUGGCCUAUGUGCUCCUCAUGUCGAAUGAGGUAUUGGAUGUGUUUGAUAUCUCAACAUUCAACACGUCACCAGAGGGUCGUAUCAGACUCAUCCCAGCUGUGAAGUGCUGCAGAAAGGCUGUGUGA